CUCUUUACGUUUGCUUGCAUCACCUCACCACCACCAUAGCCUUCCUUCCCCCUAUACUCUGUCUCUCUGUCUCUCUCUCUCUAAAAACUACACACACAACACAAAGUACAGUGCAGGUGGGUGCAAAAACAGUGCCACUCUUGUUCCAUCCCCACAAUCAAAUUUCCAUAACCCCUUACUUGUAAAACCCAGGAACAAAAAGUGUGUGGUUUUGUUACCCUCUUUUACUCUUCUUUCUCAUCAACAUUUUUUUAGCUUUAGCUUGUUGGUUUCAAAUUGCUAUAAAGUAAACCUCUGAGAGAGAGAAAAUGACCUGCCAUGAACAGGGGUUUGAACAGAGAGAGAAUCCAGAUAUUUUUGAUUUCGCUGAUUGCAGUGAAACAGAUCAUGAGAGAGAGGUGUUGUGGAGGACAAAGGAGAUCAGUCCUCCUCAGAGAUGAGAGAGAAAGAGAGAGGGGCCCUUCAAAGCCUGCUACAGAAAUGAGUGGCACUGCACCACCAAACAGACUUGGUGGAGGACGAUGCAUUUUCAGAGAUUGUUGUGUUGGUGGUGGGUGAUUUCUUUCAACUACAAGUGAUUGUCAGGUGAUGGCAAUCAAUAGCAGUGCAACAUUUUCAUUGGCUUAUUAGUGAUCCUCUGCCGAUCAUUUUCUUGAUUUUGUUGAGAGAUCUCCCAUAAGAGGUGGGAAACACUGUUUUUUGGUUGCAAAACUGGUGUCAUAAGCGCAGUAAGUAGCAUAGAACCUUGAAAAUGAUGUUGAGGUUGCUUAUGCAUAAUGCACUUUGAUUCCUCCGCUCCCCAUAAUAUGACUGAGAAUGAUGCAUUCAAUGUGCCAAUGGAUAUGGGUGACCGCAACGCUAUUUUUAUGGAUGGAAUGUUCUCACAUAUGAGCUCAGUUUCCCCUGCUCAGCCCAAUUCACUUGAUCCGAACAACCAAAACCAGCUAAUGGCUGAAUUUCCUGCACUUCCAAUGUUGCAAGGCGAAUGCACAAACAAUCUCCACACUGGUUUCACUAUAUCAAAUCAUGUUGGCCAUGUUGGUUGUGAUGCAUUGAUUCCUGGGAAUCCAUCACUUGGAAGAAACACCAUUACAGAUAAUUCACUCACCAGCUCAUGUCCAAUCAGUAACACGGAGGCUUUGGGGCGAUUCAUGGGUGGAGAGCCCAUUUCUGUCGCGUCACUAGCUACCCUUUUGGCUCCACGGUGUGAUCCUCAUGAUAACCUGAAUGAAUUAGCAACUUCUGCACCUUCUGUAAAUCCUCUUGAGAUUUUAAAAACUUCUAUUUCAAACGACUACUCCAAUGCAUUAAAUUCUGCAUUUGCAACCUCUAUGAACUGUGGAUAUGACGGAAUACUUGGCGGUGUGAACAAUAAAUGGGAUUUCGACAAGUGUCUUGCUUCUCCAGAGCUUUCUGGGAAAGUCCCCGGAAGAACAGGGUUUCAGCCGUUCCAAUUAAUGGGAAACAUUAAUCCUAACGGGUGGAUAUCGUUGGACAAUGUGAGCCCUGAUAAUCCUUCUGGCUCCUCGGAAUUUAGAAAUGAGCUCUCACUAAGUCUUGCCACGUGCCAGCCUUCUAUUAUUCAUGGAACAAGUAUUCCUGAUCAAUGUUCAGAAAUAAGCUGUUCCUCUGUUACUCACCGUUCUCUGAAUGAAAUGCCAUUUGGCUCAGAAACAUCUUGCAACAGUAAGAAUCUUUCUCUGAGUUUUGGUUCUUGUAGAUCAGUCCAAGUUUCGCAAUUUUUAUCUGGAUCUAGAUAUCUUCGUGUAAUUCAAGAAAUACUUGCUGAAAUUGCAAGUUAUUCACUUGAAAAUCUGGACCAGAUAAACUAUCCUGCUAGUGGGAUUGGUACUGGGGCGAAAUUUUCAUUCUCUUCAAGUUGCCUUGCUGGCAGAGGCUACACAGUGAUGGGUUCUGAUGGAGAUGAUAGAUUUGAGGGUCAAAUGGAACCUGUUGUUCAAGGACAGGACGUUGAAGCAAAGAAAAAGCAUUUGUUGGCUCUACUUCAAGUGGUUGAUGAGCGAUACAACCAAUGCUUGGAUGAAAUCCAUACAGUAAUAUCUGCCUUCCAUGCUGCAACUGAGUUGGAUCCCCACUUACAUGCUCGUUUUGCUUUACAAUCAAUCUCCUCCUUGUAUAAGAACCUUAAGGAGAGAAUUAGCAACCAAAUCAUUACAGCGGGAAUGUAUUUCAACAAAGGAGAUGAUGCUAGGGAAGCAGAUAAGUCUUUUGAGACAUCUUUCAUUCAGAAGCAAUGGGCUCUCCAGCAGCUACGAAGUAAAGAUCAUCAGUUAUGGAGGCCCCAGAGAGGCUUGCCAGAAAGAUCUGUCUCCGUUUUACGAGCAUGGAUGUUUCAGAAUUUUCUUCACCCGUAUCCUAAAGACGCAGAGAAACAUUUGCUUGCAGUGAAAAGUGGAUUGACAAGGAGCCAGGUGUCCAAUUGGUUCAUAAAUGCUCGAGUUCGGCUCUGGAAACCAAUGAUAGAGGAAAUGUAUGCUGAGAUGAAUAGGAGAAAAGGCCGGAGGUCUGAUGAAGAAACAGACAGCAACCAUAGAAGCCUUGUAAGCAUCGGCAGCCACCGAAGAUUUAAUAUGAAGUAACACUGCAAAAAGGUAGAUAUAUUGAAAAAUGGAACUGAGAAUUUCUUGAACAUUCAAUAGGGGGAAAUAGAUGUUCAAAACAUGGUUUCAACUGUAUAUGCUCUAUAUAAUUAGGCAUUAAGUGGUAAAAUCUGGUAAUUAUUUGUUAUUCAAGGACGAGUAUUUUAUCUAAAUUUGAAUCAUAAUUUUAAGUAAAUUGCAUA